AUGCCCAGGAGCCCGAAGCGGGGCUGCAACCUGGAAAAUCACCUCUUUUCUCGAAGUAAAGUGAAGUGGUUUAGCAAGUCACCGCUGUCAGUAUCUCCUUUUGGUAGGAUGCCGGAGGCUGGUCUGACUCGCGGUUUGAUGAAAGCUGCGAAAGCCUCCGUAGCACUGCCGAAAGCCUCCGUGGCUGCGCCGAGGCGAGGUGGCAGCCCAAAGGAUCCCCUUUGCCGCCUGGAAGGGGACCUCAGUGCUGACUUUGAUGCCAUAGGGCCAGGUCAUAGCGAGGGAGGAGAUGAAGGUGAAGAUGGAGAGGACGAUGCGAAGGAGGACGAGGAGGAUGACGAAGAAGACGAACAGACUCCUUCCGUUUCGGAGGACACGAAAGAGUCCAAGGAGUCCAAGGAAGAAACAGAAAAGGACAAAGCCACUGAAGCAGCCCCAGAGGCCACUCCCACUCUGGUGCCCAAGGAAGCCCCGCCUAAGGCAGAGCCGCCACCCGAGCCGGCUCCGCCCCAACCGGCCCUCACCCCGCCUGCCACGGCCCCAGCGCCAGCCACACCAGCGGAGCCCGUACCUGCGGUGCCUGCUGCGAAGGAGCCGAAGGUCCCUCCCGUGAAGGCCAAGCCUGUGGGUGCUGGAGAGAUGUCACCACCCCCGAAAGGUGGAUCACGACCGUUGCCCCCUCCGCCAAAGACGGUGGCGCCGGUCAAACCGGGGGAUGUGUCAAAGGCAAAGGCCAAGGCAGAGCCAAAGGAAGCAGAGGCGAAGAUCAGCGUGCCUGCACCACCCAGCGGUCCUGCACCGCCGCCGCCAGAGUUGGCCAAGGCGCCUAGCCAAGGAUGA